AUGGCCAGCUCGCCCGCUUGAAAGAGACGAGUCGUUCGCGAACCACCCGCCACUCGUCAGCUGACAAGAAGUGGUCAUGUGACCUGCCGUCAUGUGACCUGCCGUCACAAGAAAGAUGGCGGCCGUGCUGAGCUUGUGCGGAUCUCUGCUCUUCUUUCUUCCUUGGAUCACGUGGAGCAGGAAGGUGUCAGUGCAGUUGAACCCAGGUGCGCUGGCUCCGCCCCCUGGUGGAGAUGUGGUGCACGUAAGAGCCCAGGGAGACAAUGACACACUUCACUUCCUCUUCUGCAGCCAGGGGGCGCCAACACUGCUGAUGGUGCACACCAACAUCUCUUCUUCUACUCUACUGGUGGACUGGCCAGUAUUCCUGAGUAAUGAGAGUAGUGGGAGUGUCAAAGUGGAACCUGGCAGCAACAUCUUGGACAGCAGGGCCCUCGUCUUCACUAGAGUGUUGGAAUACAAUGACGUGAACAACACAGCCCAGGUGACCUCUGACCUCUACCCGCCCUAUGACCUCCACAACAUCAGCUGGUCUCCUGUCAAACUGGAUGGAACCUCCGUGCUCUUGUGUGCUCGUCUGGGGGCGGGACUGCUCUGUCUCAAGCUGUCUGCAUUCGAGUCAGAGGGGCGUGCAAAGACUUGGCCCCGCCUCCUUCACAGCGCUAACUCCUCCCAGUUGGAGGUGUGGCUUGACGGCCUGCAUCCGAGGGCGGAGCGAUCGCGCUUCUUCCUGGAGCUGCAGACAGUGGGCGGAGCCUAUCCCCUGGACAGCGUGGCGGUGCGUCGCUCCAUCGAUGACGAGUUCACGCCCUCCAUCUUUCAGGUGUCUCAGUGGACAUCGGCGACAGAGGACAGCUCCCGGGGGCGGGGCUUCGUGCUGUGGAAGCCGGUGGCCUAUCGCCGCUCCCCGCCCACGCUGGAGGACGCCACGCCGUGUCGCCACUCCCGGCCCCGCCCCACCGACGGCCAAGAGGUGGCGGCGGCGUCCAGGCUGGUCAGAGCCUUCUUCUCCCAGGAGGUCGCCUACGGACUCAACGUGACCUUUGGCCUGGCGGGAGGAGCCUUCUACAACAGCAGCAGGUUCCUCACAUGGACCCUGCUGGUGGGCGUCGGCCUCCCCCCCGCAGACACCUUCUCCCCUCUGCUGCUCGCCAUCAUGGCCGCAGGGCUGGGCGUCCCACUCCUCAUCCUGUUGAUGGGCGGAGUUUAUGUCUGCACGCGUGCUCCAUCUGCUUCCUCUGUCAGCAGAUAUCAGCCAAUCAACUGACCUCACCACGCCCCCUUUAUCAGCUAAUCAGGACAGAGAUAGACUCAGGUGAAGAAAUGUACAAUCAAUAAUUAGGGAUCAAUAACUAGUGGAUCAUUAGUUAAUAGAUCAGUAACUAGUGGAUCAUUAGUUAAUAGAUCAAUAACUAGUGGAUCAUUAGUUAAUAGAUCAGUAACUAGUGGAUCAUUAGGUAAUAGAUCAAUAACUAG